AUGGAUAUCAAAGACGUCUCCAACGAGAGCAAGUACAUCGGUUAUCUGAAGCAACUCCAGGGCGCUGCAGAGCGAGCCGCCCGAAGAAAGGGUCAAGCAGUGCGAGAUCACCCCCCUCCCCAACAACUCGUCUCGUCCUUCAUGAUGAAGCUCAUGGCCAAUUCAUAUCGCUCCCAGUCGGACGAAAACACAAUCGCUACCACGCAGGUCCCAGCGCCUUACCCACCAUGCAUUGUUUCCGCCAACGACCUGGAAGCCAUCAUGAUCUCCGACAUGAGACUCGAAACCCAUCAUCGAGGGAAGAAGAUCAUGCUGCGCGUCCUCACGCCCCCGGACCGCAUGACCGCUGUUAUGGCCAUUGUGGAGGAUGAGAAGGGAAUCGCUGUGUUGCUACAGCUCUAUCACCAACCUGAAGAGACCAUCGUCCCUGCCACUGAGAUACUCAGCCCAAACAUGGUCUGCAUCCUCAAAGAGCCCUUCUUCAAAUGCGCCACGGACGGUACAUACUCGCUGAGAGUCGACCACCCGGGUGAUAUUAUCUGGCUGGACGGAGCUGAUGACCGUAUUCCCUCGCACUGGAGGCCAUCGAUGGUGAUCACAGGCGAGAGUAGCACAGAUAUUCGAAAGGAAGGGAACGACGCUGUACAGUCCAAGAAAUGGGCUGAAGCACUUCGACUGUACUCUUCAGCUAUUCAAGGGAGUCAAAACGUCGAAGAGAGACAACUCGCUUUCCUCAACCGCUCAUUUGUGAAUAUGAACAUGGACCGCCCGAAGCAGGCCUUGUUGGAUGCCGAGAAUGCCACCAAUCCUGCGAUGCCAUCCGAAAAGUCUCUCUUCCGCAAGGCCCGAGCAUUGUAUGAGCUCGGAGACUAUCAGCAGAGUCUCGAGAUGCUGGAGAAACUCACACAGUCAUACCCUGAAAACAAGGCAGCCAGCUCCGAGAAAGACCGGCUCAACGAGCGGCUUAACGAACAGCGAACAGGUGAGUACAAAUUCAAGCAAAUGUAUAAGCAGGCGGAAAAGACACCUCCCUUGAUCGACUGUGCCACCUUCUCAGCUCCUGUAGAAAUUCGCGAGUCGCCUGGCCGGGGCAAAGGGCUCUUCACCACCAAGGCGGUCUCCGCGGGGGAACUUCUGCUCUGCGAAAAGGCAUUCUCCUACAGCUUUGCCGGCGAUGAGCAAUCCACAAAACAGACCAAAAUCCUGAUGAAUCUUGCCACCAAGAGGAUGGUAGUGGGUGGCCAAGCACGUCUCUUGACCCUAAUUGUGCAGAAACUGUACCACAACUCGUCGUUGUCCGCCGAGUUUGGAGACCUUCACUACGCCGAUUACCAAAAGGCUACAGUCUUGGAGACUGACGGAAUCCCUGUAGUUGAUUCAUUCCUGGUAGAAAAGAUCGCCUCCCUUAAUGGUUUUGGUGCUCCGAGGACGAGCCGCGAGUCAUUCCUCCAAGCCACAUCCAGCAACAGAGAUAUGACAAGUGGUAAGGACCUCAAGUACACAACCUCGGGCAUUUGGCUUCUCGCUUCUCGUAUCAACCAUUCCUGUGUGGGCAACUGUCGACGCUCCUUCAUCGGAGACAUGCAAAUCGUGCGCGCGACGAAGGAUCUCCCUGCUGACACUGAACUCUUUUUCUGCUAUCGUCUUCCUGUGCCCUUCGAAUCUUACCAAGAGACCCAAAAGGGCUUGAAUCACUGGGGAUUCACGUGCAACUGCGAGCUAUGUCUGAGUAAGAAGGUCACGUCUAAGUCCGUCUUCCAGAGACGCAAGGUGCUUGCCGGCGACCUCCAAAGGCUUCUUGAUCACCCUGGUUCCAGCAACGAAGCCAAGUCAAGUCGGCUCAUGAAGGCUCUCGAGAAAACCUACCCGACAAACAACGACUGCGCCAUUCGGCUAGAACUCUGGGAACCCUACUUCGCCUUCGGCGCCCACCUGCUCAAGAAUAACCAGCUGAAUAUUGCGGCCAAGAUGAUCCUCAAGGGCCUCGAGGCUCUGGGACACAGCAUCAUUGCAUGUCCGCCCAAUGACAAUACAGAUCGGCCGCGACUCGAAGUUGAACGAUGGGGGGUGGCGAAUGACGCUGUGCCGUGGGCAUUCAACAACCUGGCGAAUGUGUAUGGCCAACUUGCUCCUGAACUAUGCUCGGCAGCAGAGCAUUACGCUGAAGUGUCUUAUACCAUGGUCGUGGGCGAGAAGGAAACCUGGCCCGAGGUGUUUUCGAGUUCUUCGUGA